ACCCGCUUUACCCUGCUAAAGGGUUGAGACCGUUAUCACUGCGCAAGCCAUCAUUUACCAGCAGCAGCAGCGGUAGCAUCAACGCUUGUCCACCCCCUCCACCCACACCGCACAGCGCCGGCAGCCAUUGCACCAACAGCACCACAACCAACAAUAACUACAACAGCAACACAAACAGCACAUUAACAACAACAACAACCAAUAGCCACAGCACAGUAGGCGCAGGCACAUGCAACAAUCACACUAACCAACACAAAGCGAAAGGUGGCAGCACAACCACAGCAACAACAACUGCAACACAUACCUUAGACGCGCUAGGCACACCGACAGCCAGCAGAAAGGGCAGUACACCGGGCAAUCCAUUGCAGGUGAAAUAUUUUGAAUUCCCACCGAAUCUCGCGCUACUAGCAGCCGGUUCAACACCAUCGCUGGCGACAACAACGGCCGUCGCUUUAGCCGCAUCCACCACAAGCACCCCUGCACUCACAUCCGCCACUAAUUCACCCAAACAUUUCUACCAACCACAACAUCACUCACACUAUUACCAACCGCAUUUGCAUCAACACUCACACCACCACCAACACCACCAUUCCAGCAAAGUCAACGCACAUCAACCAUCGCAACAUCAAAUAGCACAACCGUCGCGCCAACACUACACAAAGCAAACGCGUGCCGAAUUCGAGACCGAUUUUAGCAGCGAAGCCGAAGAGCAACUAAGCCCGCCGUCAGUCCUAAACGAGGGGGGUGUAGAAAUCGUUUUAGCCACGCCACCAGCUAACAAAAUGGGCCGGCGCGAAAUUAAGCGGUCGAACACCAGCGGUUCCACCAUAAAAUCAUACGAUGGUGGUAGCGCAACCACAAAUUUUGUGGGGAAAUUUACGCAGAGUGUCCGUCGCAUUGUACAAGAUGUCAAAGAUGAGGGAGCGCCAAGUGGCAUGACACGUGAUGAGGUAAUCGAUACUAAUGAACGUUUAAGAGCACUACGGCUGCGGCUGGAGGAGUCAUAUGAGACAGCUAAGAAAGCGCUUAUAACGCUCAUGAAUAAAUAUGGCGAUUCGAAGAGUCAACGCAAUGUGUUCCAGCGUUAUCCAAUGCUGAAGUUGAUGAUAAAAGACGUUAUACGCUUAGAGACGCAAUAUUGGACGCUGAUUGACAUACCCAGGCAAGAGAAGCAAGAGACCGUGCCCUCAUAUGUGAUGCGUGCUUGCGCGAUUAUGGAGAAGACACAGAAAUCCGGUGAAGGUGUGAAAACUUCAGCCAAAUUGGCCGAGGAGGCAGCGGAGAAGCGCGAACGCAUGGAACGUUUGGAAGUUAUGACCACCGCACAAAUCGAACACGAGAACACACAACUCAUAAAUGAUUUAUAUCGACUGCUGAAAAAAUACUUGGGUCUGCGGCAUUUAAUCAGAGUGCUCAAGGAAGAUUAUGGCAGCUCCAAAAUGUAUCCGAUUUUCCCGCGUUAUACAAUGCUCAAAGACAUGAUCAAGGGCAUUAUGCACGAUCCGGACUACAUGGAAGUUUGUCAUGAAAUCAACAAUUGAAUGGCGCAUUAGAAGAUUAUAGAUGAAAUAAACGAAAAGUAAAGCUAUAAUAGCUAUUCCAUAUAAAAUGUCAGCUGAAGCCUUUAAGUAGGUACACACAUACACUAAAGAGCAAAAAUAUGUAGCCAAAUACAAGAAAACCAGAAUAUUUAGAUACAAUUUUUAUGCGAAAAUAAAGCCAAAAUAAAUAGCCAAGUAAUAUAUGGAAUUAGUAAGGCAAAUCCAUAUAGAUGUAGGUGUGUGAAACUAAAAUUCAUAAACUGCAGCGUUUAAAUCGAGUUGUAAGGCUUAGACUUUAAGUUAAAUUAGUAAUGAAACAAGUAUUAAAUUACAUUAAAUGGCUUUAUAAAGCAGUUCACUAGCCAACAGAAGUACUUAAAAUGUAACAAUUUAUAUACAAACAAAUCAACAAACAAAAACAAUUUACCAAACAAGAAUUUAAACUAUUUUCACUUGUACCUACAUAUUUACACACAUAAAUGGAAGACAAACAAAUCGAAUACACAUGCACACACACAAGGCAACAUAAACUUACGAAAACUACUUACAUACAUACUCAUACUCAUAUAUUCGUAUAUAACUUUAUAUAUGUAUGUAUGUGUGUGAACACAAUUAUUGCCUUUAAAGCAAAAAUAUCACCCGAAGCUUGCCACAGCGUUAUUUACCAAGCAAAAUGCCAAGAAUUCGAGCAUUCGAUAAAUUGUUGUGCAAAGGACAGGCAUUACAAAAACAAAGAUACACACACAUACAUAGAUUCAUACAAAAAAGUUAGUAAACAUUUGUAUGUGUGAGUAUAAGUUGAGCACUAAAGGUAACUACUUCCAAGUACCAACAAAUUAUACCACCGAACUAAGAACUACAGCAAACAGGACACCACCAAUUCCAUACAAGCACACAAACAUACUCCUACACACGCGUAUAAGCCUUGCUAUGGCAUGUCGCAGCUAUAAAAUACAAACAGUAAAUAUCAACAGACACUUUUGCAACUAUAAAUGUGCGCUUAAAUUGCUUUCUUAAGAAUUUACAACAAACUACAUCGCCUACAAUAACAACAACACAAUUGCUAAGUAUCACAACUGGUUUCUAGCUAUCACACAGAUACAUACAUAUAUGUAUGUACCUACCCAUCCACGUUAUAUGUGUAUAUAGAACACAUUGAACAUUUUGUAGCUAGAAACUUAGAUGCGUGCGAAUAUGUAGCAACAAUUUAAUUUGUACCGUUAUUUUACAAAUUUACUAUAACCCAAAACAACAAACAGCACAAAUUGAAAACAUAAAACCGAGAAAACACGAUUUUUAUAGCCAAAAUUGCUGCAACAACAACACGCACUUAGCAACUUAAGAAUGUACAUAUCUUACAGUGCGACAAAAAAGUAAACGGAAAACGCGUCAAAGCAUAAACUAAAACAUAAACCGAACAAAUAACUUCUAUACUUUGAGCCUGAAAACAAACUAUUCCAAGUGAUUAUACACUUAAAAACACAAAACCAAACAAACAUAGAUGU